GAGAGCAGCGGCGACCGUUGCCGUGACAACUGCCGUUAUGGUUCUGGAAGGCGCUCGCAAAGGGAAGCUGCCUCUCCUCAUGUCCUACUCCUCCAGCCCGAGGCGCGCGGGGCUGCCCCGGACGGUUCUGCGCUGGCUGCAGAGCCUCGACCUCAGCUUCUCGCCUACGCAUUUCCGUAGGGAUUUUUCAAAUGGCUAUCUCAUUGCUGAGAUAUUCUCUUGGUAUUACCCAGAAGACAUUCAAAUGCGUUCCUUUGAAAAUGGCACAUCCUUACCUGUGAAACUCAGCAACUGGUCACAGCUUGGAAAGUUCUUUGCAAAAAGAAAUCUGCAUCCCAUCCGAGAGCUAAUUGAUGGAACAAUUCAUUGUAAACCAGGAGCUGCAGAAAUAUUUCUACAAGACAUUUAUACGAUGCUGACAAACAGGCGGAUAAAACAUAUUCAGGAUGAAGAGACAGACUUUACAGACAGUACUUAUCAGAAUAAGUUACCAAUGGUUGCAAGAUCAACUGCUUCAAGGGCUAUUAAGUCCAACAUUAGGCUAACAGAAAUAAUGGUGGAGCCCAAUAUUCAAAAAAACAGACAAAAAGUAAAUGCCAUUAUCCAUAUGCAUAUGCGGCGACGGCAGCUUGAGAGGGAGCAAGUUCCAGAACGGUUUGGUAUUAAAAAAACACUGGGGGAGCGUGCAAUUCGUCGUCCUUCCAUGAUACCUUCCUGGAGUACCACAAAGAUUCAGAAGGAGAAAGCUAUUCCGGUGGCAAGUGUAGCAUCCACAGAAAUCAGAGGCAAAAUGGGUGUUCAUUUCAAAACCAUCCAAGUGAAACAAGCUGAGAUGCCCUUUAGAUGUGAAUUAAAUUCUGGCACCUUAAACCAUCUUAAAGAAUUGUAACUGGAGACGUUUGAGAGAGCUCUUUUUGAACACAACAGAAGUCUUAUUACCAAGUUUUGCUACCAUAUUGGAGAACAUGUGCCUUACUGCUAUGCUCAAUAAAGCAUUUAUGCUGAAGUAAAUACAAACUAGGAAGCUGGUAGUUGCACAGACAUAAGCUACAUGAAAAGCAGAUUAUCAAUGCUUUUUACACUUUAUUGGAUUCUCAAAAGUGACUUCUUCACAGGCUGGUGUAUUUACCCUUGUAUUCAUAGGUAAUGUUGCAAGUUUAAUAAAACCUGAUUAUUAGAGCAAGCUGGGUUUAUAUUUUCAAACAUUUUUCCAAGCAUUAAAAAUAAAACAAUCUAAAAUGUUUUAUUUUGGUGAAAUCUACUUUUGAGCAAAGUUUGGUAGAAAGCAAUGUCAUAUAUAAUUAAAUGUUAAAAUCAGCCAACCUCACUAACUGUAAGGGAUUUCUCCCAAUAGCAUUUUAAGUACUUAACAUAUUUUUGCACUCUAAUUUUGGUGUGUCUCCUUAGAUCACCUAGAUUUUGUUCUAAUGUAAAAGUUUCCUUCUGCGUGGUCUUUCUGACUUCAGUAAUGAAAACAUUUUCUGUUUAUUCAUAUGGAUACUGAAUUUCUGUGAGCAGAAACCCUUUUCAUGGGAUACCCCUCUGGGAGGAUGUAGAGACUGCUUUUUUGCUGAGUUUGCCUCACCCUUACAGCCCCCUGAAAAGCUUCAAGGAGUUUGAGAGACUCUUGAAUAAUAUGAGAGGUUGCAUGGGGACUUAUAGCAGAAAGGGGAAACUGGUUGAAAUAGCCUCCCUGCACUUUUCAGUAAGAACUUCUGUUGGAUCUCAGACUCUUCUGUCAAAAGCCUAUAUUUGCAGAAAAGCCAUUCAGUCCAACCCAGUGAUAACUAAAUGUAUCUCAUAUGCAUGUAUUAUCUAUAUUAAGAAGAUCUAAUGCAUUGUGCUCCUAACUUCAUCAUUCAGACAGGACAGGACAGAAGUAGAAAAAAAGUAAAACUUAACUAUUAUUUUGACAAAAUACUAUCUAUUCUUGAUGUGAAUAAGAUGUCUGUUUUUUAGUUUUUGGUUCCACAUUUUUAGGACACUGACAAACUGGAGUUUAUUCUGAGCUGGCUGGCCCGGAUGGUGAGGGGUAUGGAAAACAAGUCAUUUCUGGAGCAGCUGAGUUAGCUGUGUGUGCCCACACACUUUAAAGCUUUGGUUUUCCUGGCCUCUUUCAUUGCAAAAUCAUGAAUUAUCUCUUAUAUCUUUAGUCUACAAGCUUGGACAUUUCAACAAACAUGAAAGAUAGGAGUUCUGCUAAGUUAUAGCUAUUUUUUGUAAACAACAUACUGAAUAUAGUAGUGUUAAUGACAUGGCCAUAUGCAUCUGACAGUUUUUCUUAAUCAGGUACUCACUAGUUUAAGGCAGAGUUCUAUCACAAACCAAUAAAUGUAGGUUACAAAUUCAGGUUGGUUCCACAAUUAAAGCUGGUUGGGAGCUCUUGCACAACAGACCAACUUUCCCCCCAGAAUCAGACUUUAGUGAUGGGGAAAUAUACGUACUAGACAGUGUACAAUAAUGUUUGUGUGACACAAUGUCUAACCUCCCUGUGAACAAAUAA